UCCGUGCGCGAUAAACCGAUCCCGCCUUCACUUUCUCCGUCCAGAGCGCUCCAGAGACACCGAUAACCCGCCACUCCGAGGACUCCCCUGCCCCGGUGGAUUGUACGACUCGCCUCCAGUGAUUUUAUUUCUUGGGCAUGACGGAGCGACGCUUCACUCUGUAGAUCUCCGGUGUUUAGAUGUCACAUUCCUCGAGUUUCUGCCGAACUCCGACGACCGACCCGACAGCAGGGAGGGAUCGUAUUCCUCAUCCCGUCAUCCCGUCUGUCUGAGGAGGGACGAGCAGGAGAGACUGUCUGUUUUGAAGAGAAGGCGGCUCAGUGUUUGCUUGGAUAUGGCUUUUCUGUGCAUGAGAAAAAGACAGAGGGAGCUGAUCUGAGGUCAAGGCCUUCCUCCUCCACCCCCCUCCUUCGAGUCACAUGUCAGUGUGAGGCACGACUCCCGGGGUUGCUAUCGCUACGCUGACCGGCCUACAUACUUGUAUGCUCAUUCAAGACAGACUGGAUCACACAGUUGGAAGAGGAAAGAGCCAACAGAGCUCCUUAUCAAGUGAGUUUGCUUUGUGAGCUGUUGACACUGCAUCUGCUUUUAGUUAAAUUGCUCCUGCUGGUUUUAAUCGCCCUGAGAAACCGACUGCUACCCGAACCUACGGAGGUGCCAGUCCUGCCCGGCGAGUGGACCCGAGGAGCCUCACCUCUUCUCUCAGAUAAAGAGAAGCACACAGAGCAAAAUGCCGGCAAAGACGCCAAUAUACUUAAAAACUACAACUCCCAAGAAGGGAAAGAAGCUGAAGCUUCGCGACGUCCUCUCGGGUGACAUGAUCAGCCCCCCGCUGGGCGACGUACGUCACAGUGCCCACGUGGGUCCCGAAGGGGAGGGCGACAUGUUUGGAGACGUGGGUUUCCUCCAGGGUAAGAUGGACAUGCUGCCGUCGCUGAGUCGGACGCCAAACGGUCACACGCGCUCACUCAGCGAGGAGAGACACCUGGACGAGGGCUUCACUGCAAGACAGGACGCACACAACUACGCCUACAACGGUUUCCAUUAUCAGCACUCCAACACCGGCCUGCUGAAGAACACCAUCUCCAUGCCUGUGUUCAUCGCCCACGAACAGGCUCCCCCCAAACCUCCACGCCUCCACCUGGACGACCCCUCCCCUCCCUCUCUGCCCCCUCAGCAGAACCACUUCCACCCCCACCAGCAGCCUACAGAGACAAGCCACAAACAGGCCAACGGCCACGGCCACGCAGACGACCACAGCCAGCGGCACCCGACCCUGUCGCUCUGUGAGAACGGUGUGGUGGGCCGCUUGGCGUCGGAGCCCUGCCGUGACAUCUCCCUCUCCCCUGCCGUCCGCAGACUUGUCCCGUCCUCGGGCUCCUUCUCAGAGGUCUCCUCUGAGGACUCCAUGUCAGAAACCUGCGGGCCCCUGGACGUUCGCCGGGGCCUCAGUCUUGACUCUGACGCCGGCCUUAGCAACGAGGAUCUGAGGAGCGAACGCAGCGAGUCUCCCUGCGCUGCCUUUCAUCCGAUCGGUCUCACAGCCUCACCCGGUGUGUCACGGUCAGACUCUAUGAUGGGGUUAAACCUGGAUCUGGGUCCAUCCAUCCUGGAGGAUGUCCUGAGUAUCAUGGACCGCUACAAGACUGUGGACGACCGCUGUGAGCUGUGAAUUUAAAGAUUAAUGUGAUGUACAGAUAUUUUUUAUACAUGGUUUAAUAUAUCCUUAAACACUUUGGGAGGAGACUGAAGGAGGACAAGGGACGGAGGAAUGGACAAUGCAGGGUGGAGAAAAUGUCUUUUUCAAGUAGAAUGACUGCUGAGUUUGAAGCUGAUGAAAGACUUAAAGAGCCGAGAGGCAUGCGGACAUUACUGUUAAGUGCUGGGACGUUGCUGCCCGAGGUGACAACAGCCAAGGCAACGGGCUGGUCCUUAGGAGCCUUUAUCAAAGCUGAGCCCCAGACUCAUAAACAUUCAAACUGUAAGAAAACAACGAGCCUCACUAGAGUCACCUUGUUAUCACGAGCUUCUCUCUGGACAAAAUAGCAGCCGCUAUCCACAUUGUGUUGUCUGUUAAUCUGACGUGCUGAGGAUUUUCUGUUCCUUUUUCUGCCUGUUAAAUAAAUUUCCAGCUGAGUCAGAUGUAAAUGUCGCAACCGACCCGGGGAAACGGGAGAAAUCCCCGGCUGUGAAGAAUAUUCAGGAACAGUAGGACUCACUUAUCCAUGGUGGAAACCACAGCUACUAACACGUAAUGUUUUGCAACAUCGGACUCAAACGACACAUGCUCAGUCCCACUCAGCUGAACUGCAAACAUAAUUAUUUUGAUGUUGUGGGUCAUACUCUGUCCUAAUUCAUUUGGCCUGCUUGCAUUGUCAGUUGUCAGGAGACUGAAUGUUUCUACUCGCCACUCUUUUACCGUAAUGCUUCACUGCCAGAUGAAAUGUGAAGAACUGCCAAUUCUACUGUCCCUCUGUGACAGAUGAAGACAUAAGCUCAAAUGGUCUCUACCUGUCCUCCAGUGUAACAGCGCCGACAUUUCAGUGGCAGAUUUCAGUCUUUUGAUAAGAGUGAAACCGAAGAAGUUUAAUCUCGUAGUUUAACUAAUGAAAUGCUUUAAGUGUAAGAAAAGUGCUGCUUUGUAGAUCAUUCUCAGACAUUGGUCGGUUUUAGAACACUCGUCUUCUGUGUUGUGGCGAAUUGUCAGCCUCCCUAACAUUCACUGACUGCAUUAUCACAGCAGCCUAUUAUUCAAAUGUCAUUUAUGCUGUAUAUAUAUAAAUAAAUAUAUAUAUAUAUAUAUCACUGUACAUCUAUGAAUAAAAGGUUCCUAUAAAAAAUGCUUUGGAUUCAUGGACAGUUCUUCACACACAAACAUAAACAUAAAUGACUAUAAGGAGCUGCACGUUGAGAUUUAAAAACAAAGGAGUUUCUUGUUUAUUUAUAUAUCUAUAUCAAUAUAUCAAUACGGGACAAGAGGAGCCCCCUCAAAUAAAGUUCAUGUCCGUCAUCCCAUCACGCCCGGACAACAUUCCUAUGGUGGAAUAAUGCGAUUAAGCCUGAACUCGUCUGAGGAUGUGCCCCAACUAAGCACAACAUGAACUGAAAUGUUAAAGGCACUAAAACUCGAUUUGGACCAAAGACUGUAGGACAGUCUGCAGACAGCGUCGAGCCUGUAAACGUGUUCCGGGGUCGUUUGAAUCGUGUGGUCGUAGUCCCUCACCGUGACCACUGGAGGGCAGUAACAGCUA